AUGGGCAAGCAUAGCAACGACACUCCCGACCGGAGGCCACGUGAAAUCUCGUCAUUCCAGUCGCUCUGCGGUCUGGUCUGGCGCGCCAUCACGCGGGCCCGAAAACUCGAUCCUGCCCGAAUAACGACGUUCCGGAUGGCGGUCAACUGUCGCGGGCGGCUCGACCCGCGGCUCGAUCCGCUCUACUUCGGGAACGCCAUCCAGAGCAUCGCCACCGAGGCGGCCGCCGGAGACGUGGUCGGGCCCGGGCUCGGCCCGCGGUGGUGCGCGGAGAGGCUCGGGAUGGGCGUGGCGGCGUACGGGGACAAAGCCGUGAGGGGUUACGUGGAGGAUUGGGAACGAGAACCGAGGUGUUUUCCGCUCGGGAACCGAGACGGUGCCACGAUCACGAUGGGGAGCUCGCCGAGGUUUCCGAUGUACGAUAACGACUUCGGGUGGGGCCCGCCGGUGUCCGUGAGGAGCGGGCGGGCAAACAAGUUCGACGGGAAGAUAUCGGCGUUUCCAGGUAGGGAAGGGGGAGGGUCGGUUGACCUAGAGGUGGUGCUGGCGCCCGAGACGAUGGCCGGGUUGGAGACCGACCCGGAGUUCAUGGAGUAUGUCUCGAGUCGAUAA